GACACAGGGCGAGGAGAGGAUUGUGGGGCUCAGCUCUGCCCCCUGGUGGCGGUACAGCGAACUGAUUACAAAUGGAACGGGGCUAAACAAAGCGAUACUGAGAGAGAGAAGAGGAGCUUGAGGUUGGCCCGUGCGGGACUGAUCAUUGGCCGCAACCGCCGGUGCAAGAGAAGGAGCCGUGAGUAGAGUUGCGGCCUCAUUACCAGCAGGAGAGAGAGAAGCAGAGAAAAGCCGUGCCGAGAUGGUGAAGGUGAAGAAGGCAGCGGCAGUGAAAGGAAUCGCCGCGGAGAGACAGCGCAGGACACCGGCAGCCUCGGGGCGCCCCAAAGUCACUGCUCGUCCCCCCGGACACAACCAAUGUCCAGCCAAGAAGGUGACGCCGGCGAUGAGGAAACAAGUGGAGCAGAAACUGGAGGAGGAGGAGGAGGAGGAGGAGCAGCGGCGGCACCAGGAGACUCUCGUGUUGGACCUGGGGGAACAGACACAGCGCUGGGUCAACUUUAUCUCACACCGAAGUCUCAGUACCGAGGAGGCGGCUAAACUUCUGCUCGACUCCUUCGAGUACAAGGGCCUCGUGAAGCACAGCGGAGGUUGUCACUGUGGAGCCGUACGUUUUGAAAUCUGGGCGUCUUCCGACUUACACAUCUUCGACUGCAAUUGUAGCAUUUGUGUCAAGAAGCAGAACCGACACUUCAUUGUCCCAGCAUCCCGCUUCCAAUUAUUAAAGGGCGCAGAUAACCUCACUACAUACAAGUUCAACACCAAAAAGGCUCAUCAUACAUUCUGCAAGACUUGUGGCGUCCAGAGUUUCUAUACGCCUCGCUCCAACCCCGACGGCUAUGGUAUUGCCCCACACUGCUUGGAUGCCGGCACUGUGCGCAGUGUCCAUGUUGAGCAGAUCAACGGGAAGGAGUGGGAAAAGAUGAUGAAGGAGCACAAGACCAUCCGCAGCAUGUCACAGUCCUGAGAUGCCCCUCCCCCAACACUCAGUUGUUAUGGGGUAUAUUUAUCAAAGAGUGAAGUUAAUAGUGAAGAUCCGCCGCUAGAGUGAAAUUCCGCCACUCUCCAUUCAUUUCUAUGGGAUUUUUAUAGGCGUAUUUAUCAAAGGGGGAACUUUCACUUUCACCC